GAGCAUUGAAUGUCAACAUUGAAAUACAUUUAAAAGAUUUCAGUGAUUUGUUUAUAGUUUUUAAAAGUUAUAAAAGAUAUUAAUGCAUAAUUUGAUUAAGUGUUUAACAAUUUAAAAUAAAUCUAGAAAUUACGAUAACAAUAACAAACAACAAGGAGGCACGUAACUAAAUUUUCUGGUGAAAAUUAAUAAUAAGCAUUACUACUUACCAUUACAAUAAUAAUGAAGCAAUAACACUCAAAUUAUUAAAAUAAGACAAUGCUAACGAACAAAACCAAAGAAAUGUCGAAUCUACAAAAAGCCCAGCAACUGUUAGCAGAAGCUAAAAAGAAAACAUCGUCAAAAGGAUUCUUUGACUUCUUGUUCGGCUCUUCAAAUCGUAUAGAAGAUGCAGUGAAGUGUUAUAUACGGGCCGCGAAUCUUUUUAAGAUGGAGAAGCAACUGGAUGCAGCUGGUAAGGCCUUUUAUGAAGCAGCCAACUUACUCUACCGAACUGAGGAUCGUCAUAGUGCCGCUAUCAACUACGUAGCUGCAGCCAAUUGCUACCGUUCAACAGAAUCCGUAAAUUGUUUCCUAAAAGCUAUAGACAUAUACACAGAUAGGGGUAAUUUCAUAAUGGCCGCGAAACAUCACGAAGCUAUAGCCAAGUUGUACGGAAAUACAGACCUCGAGAAGGCUAUCGAACAUCUCGAACAAGCUGCAGAUUACUACAGAGGUGAAGGAUCUACAGUUUCUGCUAAUAGCUGCCUGGUGAGAGUGGCUGAAUAUGCAGCUCAGCUCGAAAGGUAUGAAAAAUCGGCAAUCAUUUUCCAAGAAAUGGCUUAUGCUGCGAUUGAAAGUUCUCUUCUGAGAUUCGAGGCCAAGAAAUACUUCUUCAAGGCUGGACUUUGUCAUAUCUGUGUGGAUGUCCUCAAUGGUCAGUAUGCGAUAGAUAGUUAUAUUAAAAAUUACCCGUCUUUCUGGGAUUCCCGCGAGUGCGUGCUUUUGAAAUUGAUCAUAGAAAACGUCAUGGAGAAAAAUGUGGAUGGAUUUACGGAAGCUGUCAGAGACUAUGACAAUAUAUAUCGUCUUGAUGAAUGGUAUACGAAAAUUCUGUUACGAAUUAAGAAACAGAUAAAUGAAACGCCUGAUCUACGUUAAAAUUUAUAAGAAAAACUAUAUACUAUCUAAUAAUUAUAUUUGUUAAAUAUUAAAUUAAAGAUUCUGAAAUUA